CGUCUGUCUCUCUCUCAAUUCCCUCUAUAAAAGCAAAACUCCAACAAACAAAGACACACUGUUCCUCUUCCUCUCUCUCUCUCUCUCUCUCUCUGUCUCUCUCUCCUUCUCGCAUUCAUACAACAACUUUUCUCAGUCCAAAGGCAAUUCAACCAUGGGAGACCCUUACCCCUCCAAUUGCUUCCCAUCAGGCAGCUGGUUCAAGUUCAUCAACCCUACUCCUCCUCUUCUCCAACCUCAUCAUCAGUACUUCUCCUCCUCCUCUUCUCCCUCCUCCACCAAUCCCAUCACCAUCCCUUCAAACCCUAAUUUCCAUUUCUAUCCCUCCUCUAGCUACCCCUUCGAGCCAACCCCUCCUCCUCCUUCUCCUUCUCCCCCCAUCAGGGAAGCCCUCCCCCUCCUCUCCCUCAGCCCCAUAAGGAGCAGCACCCACCACCGCUACCACCACCACCAAGGACCCGAUAACGAUGCGCCGCCAGUUGACGAGGAGGAGGAUGAUGAUGAGGAGGAGGAUCAUCAGCUUGAAGCUCCCAGGAGCACCCCGAUGGACUUGGACUUGAACAAGAAGAUCAACUCCAACAGCAAGAGGAACAAGAGCAAGGGGUCGUCGUCGUUAAAAGAAGACCACCGGGAACAACAGGACCAGCUGGAUCAUCAGGAGGACGAGGAAGACGAAGACGAGGACGAUGAUGAGGCCGGUGCUGUUACCGUUGCACUCCACAUAGGGUUACCGAGCCAUAGCUUGGCGGAGAUCGCUACUACUGCUGCUGCUACUACGACCGCCGCCGAUGCUGCCUUAUCUAAUUCUUCAGGGGCUGGCGUCGUCGCAUCGUCGGAUCAUCAUCGAGGCGAUAGCAAGGACGAUCUUGCCGGGGACUAUUUGAAUAGCGGGGAUGAGUACCAGUGCGGGAUCCUGAUGAACAGGAUCAACAAGGGGCAGUACUGGAUCCCAACUCCAUCACAGAUCCUCAUUGGCCCAACUCAGUUCUCUUGCCCUGUCUGCUGCAAGACCUUCAACAGAUACAACAACAUGCAGAUGCAUAUGUGGGGGCAUGGAUCUCAGUAUAGAAAAGGACCCGAGUCUUUGAGGGGCACACAGCCGACUGGAAUGCUGAGGCUCCCGUGCUAUUGUUGUGCCCCCGGGUGCAGGAACAACAUCGACCACCCGAGAGCAAAGCCACUCAAGGACUUUAGAACCCUUCAAACCCAUUACAAAAGGAAGCACGGGAUCAAGCCCUUCAUGUGCAGGAAAUGUGGGAAGGCAUUUGCGGUGAGGGGAGACUGGAGAACCCACGAGAAGAAUUGCGGGAAGCUCUGGUAUUGCAUAUGCGGGUCGGACUUCAAGCACAAGAGAUCUCUCAAGGACCACAUCAAGGCAUUCGGUAGUGGACAUGCGGCUUAUGGAGUCGAUAGCUUUGAAGAGGAUGAUGAGCCCGCCUCCGAAGUAGAACAAGAUAACGAGUCGAUGCAGUGAUACAUAGUACUGGAGGUUAUUAGGGUAAGAAAAUUGGAAAACAUUUUGGAAGGUCAAAUAUUGACCUGCAGCAAUUUACUCUAAUGAAGCUUUUCUAUUGAAUGGAAUUGUAUAAAUGCAAGAAGGGUAGAGUAUCAAUUAAGGAAGAGUUGCCUCUAAUGGAAGUAGUAUCAAUGCUGUGACCUUCAUGUAGCGUCUCUAUCAUUUCAACUUAGCUUGUAACUAGCUUAUAUAUGUUGUAGUAUCUUGACCCGUCUACCUA